ACAAAGCAAUCAAGGUUAUCCCGGUGGACAAUCUCAAAUGCCACCAAGGCCUGGACAACCUCCAAUGCCUGGACAGCAACAACAACCGGGAAUGCCACCCAUGCCCGGCCAACAACAACCCGGUAUGCCACUCAUGCCUGGCCAACACCAACCCGGUAUGCCACCCAUGCCUGGCCAACAACAACCCGGUAUGCCUCCCAUGCCUGGCCAACAACAACCCGGUAUGCCUCCCAUGCCCGGCCAACAACAACCCGGUAUGCCUCCCAUGCCCGGCCAACAACAACCCGGUAUGCCUCCCAUGCCCGGCCAACAACAACCCGCAUAUCCAGGACAACAGCCCGGUGGAAUGCCUGGUUAUCCAUCGCAACAACCUGGACAACCACCAAUGCCUGGUGGUUAUCCCGGACAACAACCAAUGCCAGGAAGACCUGGUUAUAAUCAACCAGCUGGCGGUAUGUAUCAACAACCACCACAACAACAAUUCCAACAACAAAGACGUCUCGAUCCCGAUCAAAUGCCAAAUCCCAUACAAGUUAUGACUGAAAAUCAACGCAAUGCUGGCGGUGCAUUUGUUACCAAUCAAGCUGGUCUGCUGCCACCAUUAGUGACAACCAAAUAUGUGGUACAGGAUCAAGGCAAUUCAUCGCCAAGAUUUAUAAGAUCAUCAUUGUAUUCUGUACCGGCCACAGCAGAUACGCUAAAAACCACCGCUCUUCCAUUUUCAUUGAUUGUAUCACCAUAUGCACGCAUUGCUGAGGGUGAAUAUGAACCACCAAUUGUUAAUUUUGGUGAAUUGGGACCAAUCCGUUGUAAUCGUUGCAAGGCUUACAUGUCACCGAAUAUGCAAUUUGUUGAUGCUGGACGUCGUUUCCAAUGUUUAAUGUGUAAAGGUAGCACUGAAGUGCCAACGGAAUAUUUCCAACAUUUGGAUCAUACUGGACAACGUGUGGAUAAAUAUGAACGUCCUGAACUGGUUUUGGGCACCUAUGAAUUUUUGGCCACCAAGGAUUAUUGUAGAAAUAAUACUCCUCCCGAAAUUCCAGCUUUUAUAUUUGUCAUUGAUGUCUCUUAUAAUACCAUCAAAUCGGGACUGGUCCAUCUUUUGUGUUCACAAAUUAAAAAUAUCUUAAAACAUUUGCCCGUUGAUCAGGGUCAAGAUAAAUCGAAAAUGCGUGUUGGUUUUAUUACCUACAAUAGCACGGUACAUUUCUAUAAUAUCAAGAGCAGCCUGGCCCAACCACAAAUGAUGGUAGUAGGUGAUGUACAUGACAUGUUUAUGCCUUUGUUGGAUGGCUUCUUGUGUAAUCCCGAAGAAUCUGAAGCUGUCAUUGAUGCUCUAAUGGAACAAAUACCAAAAAUGUUUGUCGACACCAAGGAAACCGAAACAAUUCUGUAUCCUGCCAUACAAGCUGGUCUCGAGGCAUUAAAGGCAUCCAAUUGUGCCGGUAAACUAUUGGUAUUCAAUUCCACACUACCAAUUGCCGAGGCACCGGGAAAACUAAAGAAUCGUGACGAUCGCAAACUAUUGGGAACUGAAAAAGAGAAAACCGUACUCAUACCUCAAUGUCAAUCGUAUAAUAAUUUGGGACAGGAAUGUGUACAGAACGGCUGUUCGGUGGAUUUAUUUUUGUUUAACAAUUCAUACAUUGAUAUUGCCACAAUUGGUCAGGUGGCACGUUUGACCGGUGGUGAGGUUUAUAAAUAUACAUAUUUCCAGGCUGACAUUGAUGGUAAACGUUUAAUUGAGGAUGUUAUUAAAAAUGUUUCUCGUCCAAUUGCCUUUGAUGCUGUUAUGCGUGUACGCACCUCGGCUGGCGUAAGAGCCACCGAUUUCUAUGGACAUUUCUUCAUGACAAAUACCACAGAUGUUGAGUUGGGCAGUGUUGAUUGCAGUAAAUCGAUUGCCAUUGAAAUUAAACAUGAUGAUAAAUUGCCACCCGAGGAAAAUGUCUAUCUACAAAUUGCUCUACUCUAUACUUCAUGCAGUGGUCAGCGUCGUUUACGUAUCCUUAAUUUGGCCCUUAAAGCCACCACAACCAUUGCCGAAGUCUUUAAGAGUUGUGAUCUUGAUGCCAUCAUGUUGUUCUUUGCCAAACAAGCCUGUUUCAAACUUAUGGAACUUACACCCAAGGCCGUUAAAGAUAAUCUCAUACAUCGCUCGGCACAGAUUUUGGCAUGCUAUCGUAAACAUUGUACCACACCAUCGUCAGCUGGCCAACUUAUAUUACCGGAAUGCUUGAAACUAUUACCCCUUUACGUAUCCUGUUUGCUCAAGAACGAUGCCAUAUCUGGUGGUUCCGAUAUGACACUGGACGAUCGUUCAUAUGUCAUACAAUUUGUAUUGUCCAUGGACUUGAAUACAUCCGUAUCAUAUCUAUAUCCAAGAUUUAUACCCAUACACAAUGUGGAUCCCGAUGACACCGAUUUGCCCAUGUCAAUUCGUUGUACGCAUGAGAAAAUGUCUCCCGACGGUGCAUAUAUCUUGGAAAAUGGUGUGCAUUUCUUUGUCUGGUUGGGCCAGUCAUUGCCUCAGACAUUCAUCCAACCCUUGUUUGGCGUACAGUGUACACAACAGGUUAAUGCUGAACGUUUUGCAAUAAUCGGCGAUACUCCAUUGGCGAAACGAGUUACCAAUAUUAUUGAGAGGAUUAUGAGUGAACGUACACGUUACAUGAGGGUAACAUGUGUUCGCCAAAACGAUAAAUUGGAAAGUGUAUUCCGGCAUUUCUUAAUCGAAGAUCGUGGCACAGAUGGCUCAGCUAGCUAUGUGGAUUUCUUAUGUCAUAUGCAUAAGGAGAUUAAAGAAUUAUUAAGUUAGCUGUUAGGUUUAAAAAGUAAUGCGGCCUCUGUUACAUGUCGCAGUUAUUCACAGAAUCGUGCACGUCUAUCGCGUAUAGCACGUUCUAGGCGAUGGUAAAAGGAAGUUAA